AUGAGGCUACAUAGGACAGGCCUCCAUGGGUUAUAUGCCCUCGCCGAGGGACCUGAACGCAGGGCCAGAACGCAUUCACCUGGGAGCACUCUCACGAAUGGCCAAUUCGCCGACAAUCCAGCAGACGAGCAACCAAAUUCGACUUUAGACGUUUGGCAGAAGGAAAAGCCACAACCACUCCUCUAUAUCAUCGGCGACAAAGGCUUUAUGUCUAGCUCACAUGCAAUCGGACAAGCGCAGCCUAGCUUAUUCACCGAUAUUCCCUGGAAAAAGCUGGCGUGCACUGGUAUCGUUUACUAUCUUGACCGUGGGGAGCAAAAGGAGGCGAAUAUCGCCUCUAACCAGGCACUCCUCCAACAACUCCAACUCAACGAUGCACCCACUCUCGCAUUCGUACCCGUCGCUACUUCAAAGACCUCCACAGCCAAAGGCAAGGGCCCCGCAAAGUCCCGUGCUAGUACUGGUGGCAACAAGAAGGCGGCCCAGCCCCGCAAGACGUCUGGAGUGAAACGCAAGUCGAGGGGUGGUGGAAAAGGUGAUGAUGAUGAUACAGAUUCGGAGGACGAGAUUGUGGUGAGGCGGAUGAGUACCAGGAGGGGACGAAGGGCGUUUAUUGAUCCGAACGAAACUCCGGAGCAAAAGGCUGCUCGUGAGAAAGAAGAAGAGCGACGCGCCAUCAUUGAAGAACAAGAACGCCUAGAAGCACUGGAGCUCGCGCAAAAGGCAAAGCAACCAAGACACGGUGACCUCGAACUCAAAGAGGCGCUCAAAGGAGAUAAAUGGGGCUCCAAAGACG